UUGUCUUCGUCCUCCCAGCAGACGGGGGCUUCGGUCUUGACGUAGAGAUCAGGUGACUGUAAAUUCUCUGACGGGACUGUUAUAAGGGAGGUUUGACAAGUUGGGCUCAGUUUCCCUCUUGGUCUCAAACUUGGAUUUCAACUUCGCUAGGGAGUGAUCUCUACAAGUGACGGAGAAAGUCCCUCCGGGCCCUCUUCUUUCUAUCUGUAACUUUCCAGCUAACGCUCCCUGAGGAUGGGUGACUGGAGUGCUCUUGGUCGUCUGCUGGACAAGGUCCAGGCCUACUCUACUGCGGGGGGGAAGGUUUGGCUGUCUGUCCUCUUCAUCUUCAGGAUCCUUGUCCUGGGUACUGCAGUGGAAUCAGCCUGGGGAGACGAGCAGUCUGCCUUCAAAUGUAACACCCAGCAGCCUGGUUGUGAGAAUGUCUGUUACGACAAAUCCUUUCCCAUUUCCCAUGUUCGCUUCUGGGUUCUCCAGAUCAUUUUUGUGUCAACGCCCACGCUCCUCUACCUGGCUCAUGUCUUCUAUCUGAACAGGAAGGAACAGAAAUUCAAAAGGAAGGAGGAUGAGCUUAAAGCCGUGCAAAAUGAUGGAGGUGAUGUUGACAUUCCACUGAAGAAAAUUGAGAUGAAAAAGCUUAAGUAUGGCAUUGAGGAGCAUGGCAAAGUGAAGAUGAAGGGGGCCCUGCUCAGAACCUAUAUAGUCAGUAUUUUCUUCAAGUCUAUGUUUGAGGUGGGCUUCCUGGUUAUCCAGUGGUACAUGUAUGGCUUCAGCCUAGCUGCAGUCUACACUUGUGAGAGGGCCCCAUGCCCACACAGGGUGGACUGUUUCCUGUCUCGUCCCACAGAGAAGACCGUCUUCAUCAUCUUCAUGCUGGUGGUCUCACUGGUGUCCCUGCUGCUCAACGUCAUUGAGCUUUUCUAUGUGUUUUUUAAGAGGAUCAAAGAUCGUGUGAAGGGCAAACAGCAGCCCACGCUCUACCCCAGUGGAGGCACUUUGAGCCAUACCCCGAAAGAACUGUCCACCACCAAGUAUGCCUACUAUAAUGGCUGUUCAUCCCCAACUGCCCCACUUUCACCCAUGUCCCCCCCAGGCUAUAAGCUAGCCACAGGGGAGCGAGGAACUGGCUCAUGCCGUAAUUAUAAUAAGCAGGCAAAUGAGCAGAACUGGGCCAACUAUUCCACAGAGCAGAACCGUCUUGGCCAGAAUGGUGGAGGAAGCACUAUUUCAAACUCCCACGCACAAGCCUUUGACUUCCCCGAUGAUACCCAUGACCAUAAGAAACUGUCCUCAACAGCAGGACACGAGCUGCAGCCGCUGGCACUGAUGGACGCCAGGCCUUGUAGCCGGGCCAGCAGCCGGAUGAGCAGCCGAGCCAGGCCAGACGACCUGGAUGUGUAAGCCCUGGUUCCACCUCCUCCCACCUCUGCCUGGCUGACGACAUGUGGCAGCAGCCAGAGAAUCAGGAAACACUCAAUCACAUAGGUUCAUGCAGGAGGUGGGGCUAACCUCAAUCACUGUCUUCAACAUAGACUCUUAGUUCAUCAGAGAGACAUUAAAACUUGUUAUAUAACACUGUCAAAGGUACAAGUUGCAAAUAAUUUUGAUGACUUUUACCAUAACUUUUUAGUGGAGCUAACACAGCUUUAAGAAAAUAGAACAGCAGGAAUGGCAUCUAACAGAGGUAUUCCUUAGAAGCAGUUACUCCUCAGUUCAAGAACAGAGGAGCACACUGGUCAAAGUGACUUGUUUGCUUUUAACUUGCCAAGCUUACAUUGAAGAAAAAUUCUGUUUUCGUAGUUUCUGCUAAGCUUCCUAUUGGUGACGGAAUUUUACUUAACAAUGAAGGUAUAGUGACAGCUUUACAACAGGGUGACUUGUUAGCUGUGUCUUUUUAACAUUUGACCAGGAACACCAGAUACAAAUUUGCCUUCUAAGCUAACUGUGGUUCAUUUUUUUUUAUAGAAAUAAAUAAAAGCAGGGUCCAGUAGCGUAAGAAACAAAUCCCCAUCACCACAUGUCCCACAUCCCCAAUGUUGCUAAAUGAUCUAAACCACUUGAUUUGGAAUUUAGAGAGUGAGGUGAGGGUGAACACAUUUAGAUUGUCCAUUCUGAUUGCAGACAAUAAUUAUAACCAUUGGCAGUUUGGUACAACAAACUCAAACUGCUCGUACUUGCAAUUUUUCAGUUCUGACCCAUAUGGCACUUACAAAAUAAACUCGUAUUAGAGUUGUGCGUAAGGUAUCUAAAACUGCGUUGUUAUGGUUAGUGAAAGAUCUUCUUUAGGGUUAAAAAAAAACGACACUGAGUUUUGGUAGGACAUAAGAUAUAAACACUCCUGUGCCAAAGCCACUUGCUUUGUACACCUAACUAUUCACCCUCACCUCUUCCCUAAGAGCUAUUACUGAAGAAUGAUGUCACACUACUUCCACCUUUGUUCCUGACAGUCAUUUCAAGUACGACUGCAACAGGUCUCUUACCAAGAACGCAUAAACAUAGAUGUUUAUGUAUUAGAUGUUUGCACAAAUGACUAAUGCUGUUGUUUUUCAGGUGAGGACAGUCCCUCGCAUUGAUAUUCACUUUUAUUUUCACAGUCAAAUAAGUGGUUUCUGUGAUUUAUUUACCCAUGUGAUCACUUGUAUGGUGACCCUGUGCACACUGUUAUAAAGCUGUGUAGCUCAGCAUAAGACACUAUAAUAACCAACAGGAAGGAUGGCCAAAAGUAUGAAAUAGGAAAAUGAAAGACAGGUUUUUCUUCACUGAUAUACACACAGAUACACAUACAGAGACACACACAUACACGUGCGCGCGCACACACACACACACACACACACAGUGUCUCUACAUUCCAUUUUUACCGACGCUGCACUGCAGUGCUUUUCAGACAUGUCUGAAUUGAAAGACAGUUUGAUGGAUUCAGCCACACAUUGAGUUGCUUGCUUAACAAAGUUGGAUUUAUGUUUGAAUCAGCACGAUUUAUAAUUUUUCAUUUUUCUUCUGCUUUCACUCAUAUCAUAAAUAUCUUAUCCCAGUUUUCAAUUACAAUCAUAUUAUAGUCACUCAGAGAGAGAGGCUAAAAUGUCCAGUGCCAUCGCAUAGACAAAGAGCAACUACAUGUAAAGUGUUAACCACCUGGCUCAUCCUCUGCAUGUGGCUUAUAGUAAAACAUGGUAUUGGGGAGAAUGCUUAACAGUUGUAGUGAAUAUUUAUUGCUUGGCAUCUAUAGGACACCUACCACUUAGGGGAAAAAUUGACUACUAUCCAGUGUCUCUAAAUCACAGAAAACAUCUUAUAGCAACUCCCCACAAACUGUAUAUUUAUUGACAGUUUAAAAAAUUUGCUUUUUUUCUUUAGUAACUUUGUCAUUCAGUCUGAACUGUUGUUUCCUGAUAAACUUUGAAUUUAUGUGUUGUCAAUCUGUGUUUUCAUUUUGUGGUUUUAUUUUUUUUUUCAGGUGUGUGUGAGAGUAGCAGGGCUGAGGUUUCAGGCUGCUAUGACACAGCAAACAUAAAGAAAGGCUUUAUUACUGUCAUCAUUUAACAAGUGCAUUCUCUUUUUUCAUCAUUUGUCAGAAGUAGAGAAAGACAGUAGAAUGAUUAUCUGUGUUUUACAUAUUUGAGUGAAUGAUUCUUUUGUUUUGUAGGUAAUAUUUUGUCUUUCAGACUCGAUGUACCCAUUGCUGCUUGAGAAAUAGAUAUUUAGUACUGUAAAUCAAGCUAACUGUGUCACAAUAAAAAUGUGAGUUUUUAGAAGACUUCUUAUAGAUCUGGACUAAUAUUUAGUCAAUUAUAUUAAAAUGUAUGCCAAUGUAGCUCCACAACUACCAAACACUAGGAUAAAUCUCAAUUUGGGCUUUUUUUUCCCUUUUUAUCUGAAUUUUUAAGUGUGCAUCAUUCUGUCGGUACUUACAUGUGUCAUUGACCUUUCAGCUACAAUGGUGUUUGCACUGAGAUCUUGGUGAUAGAGGUGUAAUAUGAUGCACACAGAAAGUGGUAAGAGUUUUCUGAUAUAGAUGUUACUAAUUUAUUUUAUAACACAGAAAUCACUACAGUGCAUAAUAUCAGACAUCUGAUCGCUGGUUUCAUUGAUGAGUUCUGUGAGAGAUGUCUUCUUCCGUUGACAGAACAGGAACAAUAGUCAUUUGUUGCAGUUAUUCAGACAACGCUAAUCCAUGGGGAUCCACUGUUGUACAGUGUAAGUGCAUGAUAGCAAACCAACAACUCAUUCAUUGUAUCUGUGAAAAGCUAUUUUAACCAAUAAAUAUUUUUCUUUCUUAA